AUGUCAGCGAGUCCUCUUCGUUUCGAUAACCGUGUUGCGAUUGUGACUGGCUCUGGUCGCGGCCUGGGGCGCGAAUACGCACUACUCCUAGCUCGCUUAGGCGCUGCUGUAGUUGUAAACAGCACAACAAAAGAGACGGCGCAAGAUACACUAGAGGAAAUCCUCAAAUGUGGCGGCAAGGCAAUCGCACACGUUGGCAGUGUUGCUGAUAGAGCUGUCGCAGACGCAAUGGUGGAGGCCGCAGUAACAUCUUUUGGACGUGUUGAUAUCGUUAUUAACAAUGCUGGGGCCGCCAACACUACGUUGUUUGAGGAUUUGUCGGCUACGGAUUUUUGGAAUAUGCUCCAAGUUCACAUUGGAGGGUCAUGGAAUGUAACGCAGGCGGCGUGGCCAUAUAUGAAGAAGCAGAAAUAUGGACGUGUCAUCAUGACCUUAUCGCUCAUGAUGUUUGGCAUGGAAACACAAUCUGCAUACGGAACGGCCAAGAUGGGGUUGUUGGGCCUAACCAAGGCGCUUGCUUUGGAAGGAAAAGAGCACAAUAUCCAUGUCAACGCACUUGCCCCAUCGGGCUACACUCCUCUUGUCGAACGAGCUCUCCCUAACGAGCAAGUUCGAAAUGAUAUGAAGAAGUUUUUGCCAGCUGCUGAAGUGGCUCCUCCAGUUUUGUGGUUAGUCCACGAGGAGUGUGAGGUCAACGGGGAAUCCUUCAGUGCUCAGGGCCGGCUUGUGGCUCGACUCUUUCUGGCUGAGACUCCCGGUUUCCACGGACCUGCUAACGGUGACUGGAGUUUGGAGGUUGUCAGGGACAAUUGGGAAAAGGUGGUUGAGGAGACUGGAUACACUGUUCAUACUGAUAUGCGCGAGUCUGGACCACAGAUGUUUGCGCGAGUCACCGGCCACAAAUCCAUUGUGUCUUCCCAGAUGUUAGCCGAUACGUUCCAGGCAAAAGACUCUUCAGACAGAGAAGAGAACUAUUAG